GUUUAAAAUUCUAGCGGUCACACUGCUAUCAGCUGUGCUCUUUCGUUUCUAGCAAAAUUGUAAAUACUCAACCGGAGUCGUGAGCAGCGUACCUAACAGAAUACAAUUGGCAAACCAGUUAUUUAGAAUGUUAUUAACAAAUAAAUGUGCGCACAAUAUGCGAGGUUUACAAACUCUUGCAAGCCUGCUUAAUAAACGAAACAACUAUUGCUGGUUAACGACUGCAGCAACAAAAAAAUUAAGCGCGAGCCAUUGGAGCGAAGGGGAGCGACGAUUGUGUUGCAGCAGCAGCAGCAACAGAUAUGAGAGUUCAGUUCUGUACACGACAGCAACGAGAGAAGCAGCAGCAGCGGCAGCAACUGGUGUUGGCUAUUCGAGAUUUUUCAGCAAACAACAACCAGUCACAGCAACCGCAAGUGCAAAAAAACCCAAAAUGGUGGCCAAGCUGACUGAACAAGAGCGCGCCGAGAAGCUGCAGCCACUGUUGGAUGCAGGAUGGUGCUUGGUUGAGGGACGCGAUGCCAUAUACAAGGAAUUUCUGUUUAAGGACUUCAAUCAGGCUUUUAGCUUUAUGACUGGUGUUGCUCUGCUGGCUGAGAAAAUGAAUCAUCACCCUGAAUGGUUCAACGUCUACAACAAAUUACAGGUCACCCUGAGCACCCACGAUGUUGGCGGCCUGAGCAGCCAGGAUAUACGCAUGGCCACGUACCUGGAGACACAGGCUAAGCUUUUGCACUAAAACUUAAAACUAAUUGAUUAAAUAUAUUCCGUUUGUAUCGCAUUUAAA